AGCAAAUGGCGUAAACGCCUAUCUCUCAACAACUUGUGACUCCGAUGAUGUGAAUCACCACCGGCCUGGAUUGCAGGGAAGAUAAAUAUCUCUCCCAUCGCACAUCCAACUGGGCACCUAGGUAGACCAAAAGUUCACAACUUUGAACUAUCUUCUAGCGAUGCCUCAGCUGCUAAUGAUCACAUACUGCGCUAUGAAAUUCUCAGCUACGCCCCUCAUCUGAAUGCUCCCUUUCCACCAUAUGGUCAAGGCUGCGAAGCAUGAACACUGGGAAGUGCGGAAGCGAGAUGCCCUCAUGUCUGAUUGAAGAUCCUCCACAGCUUUCACCUCAAGGGCCAAGUUUAACAGGACGGUAGCCAUCGCCCUCGAGAUGGGGGUCGAAUAAAGUCUUGUUUAAAGAAGUUGUCAGUGAGAAGACACUGUUGAAAAAGCAGGGGCUUAUUUUCAGAUUGGCGUAAUGAACGAUAUCAAACAUCAGCCAUUCAUCACCGGAACUCGGCUCAAGAAAAAGCCGAUGCCAUCGCAAGGAAGAUGAGUCAGACGAUAGACAAGGGAAAUGACCACGAACUAAAAAAGAGAAAAGGUUGCGAGUCAUUCGACAUCUUUGAUAAGAUAGGUAGGAAUGAAGCUGAUGUGAUGGUUGAAGUGGUCGGAUAUUAUGGGUGAAGUCGGUCGGUCGGUCGAUACACGAGUUUCAGCCGGGUCGCUGCGGUCAGAGGGAGGAAGAGGAAGAGGAAAUAAGAGUGCAAAUUUCAGAGAGAAGUAAUCCAGCAGCAGGAAAUAAGUGGGGUGCCGGAGCGGUAACAGAUAAGAGAGAUGAAGGAAAAGGACAAGAGAGAAGAUAUUGCAGACGGUUUUCCUUGUUUGACCCCUUUCCCCACAAGACUAUCAACCUCCAUCUUCUAGCCCAUAAGGUGUAUCUUUCAUAUACCAUUAACCUCCGACUGAUGGCGACUCACCUUCCAAUACUGCAGUAGAAGACUGGCGGUGUUCCCCGUGCUCUGAUGGCACAUCUUUGUCUCUUCGAAGGUUGCUCCAUGCCCACGCUUACCCUUCUAAGUGCCAAUAGCCAACUAAUGCCACAACACUCGCCAUUCCUGCAUCCGCGCUCAUCAUAACAUCUUCUUUCGACUCUGUGGUAUAUCCAGAAGUUUGACGUCCCCCAACAUUGACCCCUGAGUCGCGGGUAAAUCAAACAACCUUGGAAGACAGGGGAAGAUCAGGCUUACCAAUCUCUACAGUUACCCCCAAUCCCCUCAAUAUCUGGGCUGCAGAGCUCAUCAUCGAUAUUGCUGAGGGGAGGUCAAGGGGUCAAUCCUCGCCGAGUCGGGGCAGGUUGUGGAUGAUGAUAUGAACACCGCGCGAGAACAGGGAUUUAGACAAGAUCCCCUCAAUUAUCGCAUCACAUCACUCAAGCAGAUUCCCAGCAUGCCUGACUCUAGCCAACUGGGUAACCGUGACAAUGCCGUCAGUCAAUAGACAACAAAUCAGUGAGGCUUUAGAACGAGCGUUUGCCCAACCGAACGAGUGGCCUUAUUACGACGCGGCAAGAGACGAAGCUCGGGAAUCGAGAAAGUUAUGGACUGAUAAGAUUAUCACAGCAGACACCACAUGGGAGCAGGGCCUCUCGGACAUGACGUUCAUGGAUAACGUCUAA